AAGAAACAUGGCGGAGAAUGAAGUGUUAUAUUUUCAAUGAUUGUGUAAUUUCACACGCCGUUUUAGCGUGAUCACCUCGUUAGAUUUCGCUGGAAUUUGUAGUCAGUAGAGAGGAACACAACUAGAUAUGGUAUUUCUUUUGAGUUUAUUCUAAAAUGCCUGAUUGCUGCCGAGAGAUUCUCGGAACUUUGGAGAGAACACAUAAAAGUGGAAAGAGUGAAUUUGACAAAGAUGAUCUUGGGAAUUUGAUCGGUUUCAUUUUGACGUGGCCACAGCGCCAAUGCAAAUGUAUUUUCAAAGAGAACCCAUACUUGCUCGAACUGAGAGAAGUUGUUAAAAUCUUGAUCGAUGUGGCGUUGGCGUAUCUCAAACACAGAGUUCGAAAUCACAAGAAUAAACAAGCGAAGAAUAACGAGCAAGGUGCCCAAGACAAGGACAAUGAGCCCGAGGAUGAUAAUUGGACGGACGAUGAAGCGAUGAAAAUAUUCAUGUCCAUAGUUAAAGUGCUGCAGAUCAAUUUUCCGUUGUAUAAAGUUCACAAGAUGUAUUCUUCUGCACAAAUUCGUGUGGACAAGAAGCUGACCAGCAAAUAUUGUGAUAUAAACGAGGGAGAAAUUUCAGAUAUUCUUUUGUAUUAUAUUGUAUAUUUUUGUGAAAAUCAAGGUCUCACGUUGAUACAUGCAUGCUUUCGUGAAACAGACCCAACAAACUUCCCUCUUCCGUUGGCGCACAGCCUCAUCUGUAUAGUUCAACAGUUACGUGUUUGGUUUCAUGUGAAGGCCAUUGUACAGCAUAUUAUGCCUCUAAGAGGAUCAGUAAUAAGAUAUCUUUGUAAGCUGACAGAUAAAGAGCUGAGAUUAUCAGAAAGAAGAUUAAUGGCUGAUACAAUGUGGACGACAGUGAAAAGUCCUCCGCAAUACAGUCUGAUCUUUGACAGAGACAGUAUGGAGCUCGCCUUUCGUUAUUUCACAUCAUCGACGUUGACAGUGAGGCUGACUGGACUGAACCAAAUCACGAAUCAAGUUCAUGCAUUUAUUGAAAUCUUCCACAACGAUACUCAGGUUUCCGUCGAUGUUGACGAAAUGUGUGCCGAGUUAGCCGCGUGGCUAGUGGAAAUAAAUAUCGUGGAUCAUUUGUUUGGCCCGAACCUACACGUUGAGUUGCUCAAACAGUCUCAAGUGAUUUUGAAUUUUCUUGCGCAAGAAGCAAAAAUAACAAACCAGCAUCUUCAAUGCAUCUGGGCCGCUGCACAGCUCAAACACGCGAGUCGUUACGUUCAUGAUCUUCUUACAACUUUGGCGAAACAUCUUGACACGGAGUUGAUACAAUAUCUUCUGGGCCUGGUGUCUAGCUUACCUGUGGCCUCUCACAGCAAGCAAACACUUUGCCUGGCGUUAGUGUUGACUAGAAUGGUUUGGAAUAACGCUCUUUCAUCCCAUCAUCAUCAACACACGCAAGGAGAGAUGGCAAGACGAAACAGUCCAACUUCAUCCACUGCUGUUGUUGGAGCAAAUACCGCAGCCGCAGUAGCAGCGUCUCUUCACACGAAUCUUAUCCAACCAAACAACAGUUCAAUUGGCAGUCCAAGCAGUACCAGCACAAUCAGUGAUGUGAGCCUGGAUACCGCCUUGCCUGGACGCAGUGACCCGCAGGAGGAGAUCUCGGAUACAGUCAAGAGGGAGUUCACUGGAUCCACGAUCGUUUACAGUCAAGAUCAAAAUAUGAAGGAAGUCUCAGGCAGUAGCAGCAGUGAUAGUCACGAGUCGCUCACGUGUUCUGAUCGUGCUGCCCUCGAAGAUUUUGAUGAUGAGGAACUGGGCUGUAAACAUCAGGAUAUCGAGGAGGUCGCGUGUGUGUCUGGGGAAAGUAAGAAAGUCAACUUUCGUCUGGAAGAUGUUUGUGUUGAAGGGAAGACGUUGUUGUGGGAUAUCGUCCAAGAUAAAAAUGCGUGUCAACUCGAGGACGGGUUAUUACAAGAAGCUGAGAAGCUUCUCUGUCAACUUAUUUGUUAUGCUGGAGAGAGGAAACUUCGUCUUCAAUUUGUGAAAGGAUGCCUUGAUAAUUUAGCUCAAAAUAAGUCUGUCGUUUUGUCCCUUGGGCUUCUACCAAAACUUUUCUGUUCUUUUCAACAAUUAAACGGAGGAACGAGCAUGUACGGCGUUGUGGAAUGGGCGAACAAGAAGCUCAACAUGAUGAAACUAUAUUUUGAAAAUCUUGUGCAGUAUUGUCAGCAGCGAGAGAUCGAGGGUGGAACGAGUGACUCGUUUUUCAAUCAUUAUGACGAAGUUCAAGCCAGGCUUCAAUUCUUGACAUCUGUUUAUUCCACUGACCUGUCGCCUCAAAAAUUUAGAUUAACUUCGCAUCAAGUGGAUUUACUUUGGUCAUGUUUGGUUGAAGACGAGGAAUGUUCUGAUGACACGUUAGAUUGGUUUGUGAAUCAGGCAAGAAAUAAAGAUUUCCACGCAUUGGAUGUCUCAACAUUUAAAUACAUUUUCAAAGACAAGAUGUCAGCGUUGAAACCACAGACUGUUUCAAUGACGGGAUUAAAUCUCUUUCAACAACUAUUCUCUCUCUUUCUAAACGAAGAGAGAACUGGUAACUGCAAGAUACCUGGAAUGGGUCAACUCUGGAGUAUUGCCUUGAUUGCGCAAUCCAGCGAAGUCAGUCAAGCUGCAAUCACAUUUUUAAAUUCAUUUUACAUCAAUGACGAGAAGGGAAGUCUUCGUCGGGAGAGAGAGUUCAUUCAACAGUGUAUGGAUAGUUUAAAGAAUGCUUCCGCGACAUUCAACGAGAAUCCUGCAGUAAGUUUACAAGUGAUGGAGAGAGCUCUGACAUUAUUGAAGGAACAUCUGAAGCUAUUCAAACAAAGAUUUGCGUAUCACCUGAAGCUUCGCGCGCUUGAAGGUGAAGGAAUUCAUCCACAUCAAUCCAAGAUUCACAACAACGAGAAGAUCUACCCCAUUCGAGUUGUCUGUCAACCUGCAGGACUGACGGAGAAGGGAACAUUCAAGAUGUCCUCCACGGACCUGGUGGCUGAGUUACGUGCUGAGGUCACGUGCUGGUGUAAGAAAAUUCAAGAGAAACGAGACCAGAUGAAGCAAGAUCAAGAUGUACCCAAGAUUGGGCAACCUGUAUUCUCGUCCCCAGACUCCUCUUUUUCGCAGUUCUCAGGCGGCCUCACUCCACCUUUCCGACUGAUCUCACAGGGGCACGAAUUAACACCUGAACUGGAUGAGAAGUCUCUUGGUGAAGUCGGCUUUAAAGAUCUUCAGUUGGUGUUUGUGUCAGUGGGUGCUGGUAGACGUGAUUGUAGUAACGACAGCAAUCUCUGUGGUUCGUCUUUGCUUCCAACACCAAACCAGGAAUCCAUCCCGUUAUUUAUUAUGCAGGAGGAACCAAACUUCACCCAGUUAUUUGAUCUCAUACAACUGUUGCGAAAUUUCAUCUGUAAGGAAAGAAAAACGUCGGAGAUUGUCAAGCUAACGUCUUUCAGUAAACUAGAUUCAGAAGAAAUUAACACGGAACAUUACGAAAAGGAAACUUUAAAUUCUCAAGUUAUUUACGAUGAUUCAGCGACACUGUCUAAAGUCCAGCAUCUCUCGCACAUGGUCUGGGACCUACUCAUGUUUCUACCCACGAAUUUCUCCAUUCGAAAGAACUUGGAAACCUUUGGACAUUCUGAGGGUUCUCAAGAAUCUGAUCAAGUUAACUGGAGUUUAUUGUUAGACCCCUCCUGUCCAAACAAGCUGCUCUAUGCUUUAGAAAUCGUUCAUUCUAUUGCCAAACGAUCGUUUGAGGAAGACCUCACUAAAGAUAACGAAAAAAGUGACUUCAGCAGUGACUCUGAUCUCUCGGAUAUAGACGAUGAUUCCGAGGAGAAAGCACCCCCCGUCCCGCAGAAGAAGUCCAAGCAAGAAUUGGAAGUCGAGAAGUCUCAUAUUUGGAGUCGGCGGUUCGUCGAAUCCGGGGGGUUGGGUCAUCUACUUGAUAUUUUCCUAAGUGGGUGCUUACUAAUACAGGAUAACCCAUCCUGGACCCAGUCUCAUCAAGAGUGCCUCGCCUCACUUUUAAAUCUCAUCAAAAAGUUCGGUACACUCAAGCUAUCUGGUGAGCUUAUACCAGAUGAACAGGAGGUAUUCGUGGUCACCUAUGGAUCACCGGGAGGCUCGAGGAUAUCGACUGCGUAUAAAGAGUUCAGAAUUAGAAACAAAAGUACGGAUAAAGACGAGAUUGUCGAAGUGGAUUGCCUGUCAAAGAACAUCAUUGAAUUGAUUGACAAGAAGCGAUGUCUUGAAGCGCUGAUGACGACAUUAUACGAAUCAACAGUGACGUCACAUCGGGAUCCUGUGAAACCCAAUCAAGCCCGUGCUGAAGUUCUUUAUCACGCUAUGCAGUUGCUGGUGUCAUGGACUCAUACAGAUAAUUCAGUUUUCAACAGUUUAGUCAACCAUCCAAAACUGAAGCCCUGGUUACAGCGCUUGGUGCUUUUAGCCCCUGAGCAUUCUGUUCGUUACGAGGCUAGUCGCGGUCUCUUCAACUUGUGUUUGAUCAAAGAGAACUCAAACGUGAAUAUGUUGCUUGAAGCGCUUCUUAAUUUCCUGCCUCUUGCGAGAAGAAUGAAGUGCGUUAAAAUUCCUGGAACGAGAACAGUCGGCCCGAGUUGCCGAGAAUAUUUCAUCCUUUUACUGAGACUUGUGGACACCUUACCUUCUAAGAGAACCGAGAAAGAAGUUUUGCAGACAAGCUUAGAUUCACUUGCCUCAUAUCUCGCCGAGUCCAUUGUCAGUCAUGAAAGUCUGGAGAAAGGUCGCAGUUCUUAUGAAGAUGAAACUCUCAGCGGAAUGUUAAAACUCUGUGCGGCUGUUGUGCGUCAAAAUCCAUCUUUUAAGGAUUCCGAUAAGAGCUUGGAGUUUAUGAAAGAUUUAUUCCUCCAUUGUCUAUUUGAUUUGCCUAAAAAUUCCAGUGAUAUCCAUGUUGUUCCCAAAUGUCGUUCUAAAUCUUCGCGACUCGCUGCUUUUGAUCUUCUGUUGGACCUCAGUCGAGAUUCAGAGAAGAACUUCACCGAACUUCAAAAUUUACUUCUCAAGCAUCAUUCUUCAGCAAGUGGUCAUCAUGUGUCGUAUGGUUGGCAUUAUUGGCCUCAUGAUAACUGUCGCUCCUCGUGUGGUCUCGCUGGAAUGAUAAAUCUCGGUGCCACUUGUUACAUGGCGUCUUGUAUGCAACAAUUGUACAUGAUGCCUGAAGCUCGGGCAUCUAUUCUUAAAGUACAGCCGACUGGGAAUAAGAAAUUGGACACGUCUUUAAAAGAAAUGCAGAAAAUGUUUUGUUUUUUAAUGGAAAGUGAACGAAAAGCGUACAAUCCAAGGUCGUUUUGUAAGACGUAUAUCAUGGAUAAGAAACCUUUAAAUACCGGUGAACAGAAAGAUAUGAAUGAAUUUUUUACUGAUCUUAUCACGAAGCUUGAAGAUAUGUCUCCAGAUAUGAGAGAACUUGUCAGGGAUUUGUUUUGUGGAGAGAUAAGCAACAACGUUGUUUCAUUGGAUUGUUCUCAUGUCAGUCAAACCAAAGAGGAGUUCUUCUCAGUCAGGUGCACGGUUGCAGACAUGAAAGAUUUAUACGAAUCACUUGAUGAGGUAACAAUCAAGGAUACUCUUGAAGGUGAUAACAUGUACACUUGUUCCCAAUGCGGUAAGAAAGUCAGAGCCGAAAAAAGGGCUUGUUUCAAGGUUCUUCCACGUAUUCUGUGCUUCAACACAAUGCGAUACACUUUCAACAUGGUGACGAUGAUGAAGGAGAAAGUAAACACGCAUUUCUCGUUUCCAAGGCAACUGCAUAUGGCGCCAUACACCGAGGAAUAUUUAAUGGGUGAUAAGAAAGAGCAAGAUCCUGAAAAAGACUUGAAUUAUGUUUAUAAUUUAAUCGGAGUUGUUGUUCACACGGGGACGGCUGAGGGCGGCCAUUAUUACAGUUUUAUACGAGACAGGACGUCAGGACAGAAUGAUCGUUGGUUCCUUUUCAAUGAUGCCGAGGUUAAACCGUUUGAUCCACAACAAAUUGCAUCGGAAUGUUUCGGGGGAGAGAUGAUGACGAAAACGUACGAUGCUGUGACGGAGAAAUUCCUGGACUUUUCAUUCGAGAAAACCCACAGUGCUUAUAUGUUAUUUUACGAACGCGAGGAGAAAACUCGACCGGCUGAAACCGUCUCCAGUGUUGGUGAAAUGGAUCCUGACCUUUCCUCGUGGAUUUGGAAAGACAAUAUUCAAUUUAUUCGCGAUAAACAAAUAUUUGACUUGACUUAUUUCAAUUUUAUGUGGUUAUUAUGCAGCAAGAUUGCUCCCACAUUUACCGAGAGUUCACAGACUUCUCUUUCAAACGUGAAGCUUGCAACAUCGUUCCUGCUCGAGACGUUUAUUCAUUCAAAAGAAAAGCCAGGAUUAAAAGGAUGGAGUGACAUGCUUGUCGUUCACUUCGACAACAGUCGCGAUGCUUGUCAAUGGUUUUUAGAUCAUAUGGCGGAGGACAGCUGGUGGUUACAUCAAAUAUUACUUAGGUGUCCUGUGCAGGCUACGAGACAGGUGUUUGCUCGUCUGUGUCUUCACGUCAUUCAGAUCCUUCGACCAUCACAAGUAGCUCUUUACUGUUCAUCGCAAAAGGAGGGUGAAAAUGGCAGCCAGAAGCCCGUCGCCUCGUGCUCUGUGACAAACUUUGUCCAAGCCAUUCUCAAGUUGCUUACAACAAACGUAAAGAAUCACAUGAAAAACAUGACGGAGUUAUUUUCAUUCCUAAAUCAGUUCUGUCAGUUGGGAAGCGAAGAGAGGCGAUAUUUGAUCUCAGUCAAUGCUAUAACAACUUUGGUGAAUUUCUUCUUCAAACUAAAGUCGAACGAUCCGGUCGAAGUGGGCGAAGAUGAUGACGUUGAUGAUGACGACGACGAAGUUGUUCCGAUCUUCCCCGAAGAGAAAUUCCGACCGUUCGCCCUAGAGAAGAUGGUGACAGUGAUAGCGUAUUUGGUUGAGGAAGCUAAAGGACAAUCAAAAGAAGUCCAGUUAUCAGAGAGUGACAAAGAAGCUCUCUUUGGUGGCCAGGGAUAUCCAUUCAUCUUUGAGAUUGUGAAGGAUGCAGUGAAUCUUAAACACACAGGAAAUCUUGUGUUUACAUUAUGCCUUCAUAACCAAGAACUUGCUGAAAAUAUCGUAUCAACGCUGAUGUCCUCGGUGAAGAGACUUUCAUCAGAGCAAACUCAGCCGUUCUUUAAGUUGCUCAACAACCUCACUGAACUUAGUGCCGGAACUCCGGGUCCCUCUUCCUUCACGAAACUAAUCUUGGCAAGAAUUUGGGAGGCGGCCGAAUACAAUGCUUCUGUGUGUCUGGAAUGGCUUCAAACUGCUGUCUCCAAGAAUAAAAUGGCCCGUCAGUUUGUCUUGAAUCACAUGGACACUUGGGUCGAGCCGUUUCUCGUCGCUGACAACAGUAUUCGUAUUCGCAAUGAUUCUGCGUAUUUGCUGAUUGCACUGAUACCCAACAACCCUUUCAAAACAGGAUUCAGAACGAAGUCAUUUGUCGUUCCACAAAAGGACAUUCAGUUCUCGUCGGAUGCGGAAUCGGUGCUCCACGAGGUUUACGUUACUCUGUUGAACCUGAUGCCCAAGCUGAAGACAUAUUGUGAUCGAACUCUUCAUGGGACAACAAAACUAACAAGUUAUUUCGCUGUGCUGAACUACUGUCUUGUGUCAAGCAAGGAGAAGGAAAUGUUCACGCCAUUCUCCCCUGAUAUAUGGAAGCUGUUUCACCCGCUUAUGUCAGAACCAAAUAUCUCUGUAUUUCCAAAUAAACAGGCGCUAUUGACAUAUUGGUAUCACGUUUGUAAUGGUUGUGAAGAAAACGUAGCGUUCAUAACAGACACCAGUCAUGUGGUUGAAAACAUACCGUUCAAUUACAUCCUUUCAAACGACGAUCCUGAAGUGAUUGCAUUCAACAGAAAUGUUCUCCCAGUGUAUUAUGGUCUAUUGCGAUUGGCUUGUGAACACUCAGCACAAUUUACGCGGGAACUUGCUAAGCACGCCAACAUGACGUGGGCUUUUGAGUAUCUGACGUUUAGAAUCAACCAAUAUCCUAAGGCCGUUGAAGAGUUGUUCAAUCUUAUGAAUUUGUUUUCUGGAAAUGGUCAAAAUUUGACGAAGAGUUCCGAAGUUACAGCGGCCGCGACUUUCCGCGAACGAACUAUCAAAAUGUACAUGACGUCAUUGGAUUGUGGAUCCCACUGGACCACGCUCAUUUAUGCGUUAAAAAUAUUGCUUCAAACGGAAGAAGACAAAUUGACGGUGGCUCUGAACAACGGAUUGAUGUCCUUGGCUGAUGCGUUUACGACUCUGCACCUAAUGUAUCAUGAAGCAACAGCCUGUCAUGUGACUGGUGACCUAACUGAAGUUUUGUCGGUGAUGUUAAAUAUUUUGAACUGCUGUCGUUCGCACUUGAACAGACAAGACGUAAAGAACAGUAUAAAUGGAUGGACAGAGCGAAUUGACAUGGCUCAAAAGUUGCUUUCACUUUUAAAUUUUUACACCCCGAAAGAGAUUCGAAAAUCCUGUUUAGAAGUUCUACACACAAUUAUCUUAAUCUACCAAGAAGACUGCGUCAAUUCUCUGGUUCCGAUUAUUUACCAGUCCCACAAAAGUCGCAAGGAGAAUCCCGAUCUUGUUCCUCUGGGGCCAUUCUUUCCUCGACGGCACGGGAAGGCGUCAAUGAACAGCAAAUCAUCUCGACAAAUGGCGGUACCCGAGCUUAAUAUGGCGUUACACAGAAGCUAUAUUGAUUGUCAGAAGGGAGUUGAUUUAGCGUAUGAUAAAGAGCUCGCUGAAUACUUCCUUCCUUAUCACCAGUUCGUGGACAAACUUGUACGUUGUGGAUUGACGCACGACAAAGUGAACGAGGUUAUCAGAUUAAGCUGUCUGAUGGCGAUGGAAGGUCUUCCUCUUCAUUUCACUUUGUUUUGUAAAAUAUGGUCUGAAAUUUACGACAAAUCUCAUGAGAUGAUGAAAUACAAAGUAUGUUUGAAGGAACUUUGCCAGCAAAACGAGUUUAUUGAGUAUGUGGAUCACAUUUUGUUCGAAGAGAGGACGAUAAUCAAUGUGAAUCCAACUUAUUCUUUCCUCUGCAGUAUCUUCCCCAGGAUUUCAUCUCGAGUCGCUCACGACCAGUGGAACUUUCUCGUCAAUACCUUGGUGACGUCAGUAAUUGCCGAUCAAAACCAGGCUGAAAAUUUGAAAGAUUCGGAGUUUAACGAUUUUGCGCGACGUUUGACCGCGGAUCUUCGAGUGUUGUCAUUACUCUUCACCGCGACCGCUCCACAAAAAGCUGACGUCAGCGAGAUGCUGGUGCCGAGUUUGAAACGUCUUUUAGACGUUUGUCGAAAACAUCAGAAAAUGAAACAGGAGAAACAGAAGGAUGAUAAAAGAACGGAGGGGACACAAAAAAAGAACGAAAAUAGAAAGGAAGAAACGAAAGUUUCCGAAAACAGGAGCGACACUAAAAAUGGUAGUGGAAGCGAAAAACAAGCAUCGGGCCACGAUGAAACCUCGGGAGCGCCUCCGACGAAACGAAGGCGUGGCGAGGAUGUCCCGACAUCUUCCGACGCUCCCGAAGCCAGUACGAGUCCGCCUGAAGAGAGCGAAGACAAAGGCGAGACUUCAACGGGAGAAUCAAGCAAAGGAAGUCAAACACGAAAGGCUACGAAAAAUAAACUGAGCGGACAGUUGAUUAGGAAGGCGCAGACAGACUGGGUUGGUUCGUUAGCAAAAAUCAUUGAAUCUGUUAUGAAUAAAACACCGCAAUAACCCAUUGCUAUUGGAGGACAUUUUAGCACAGUGAGACAUGUGUUGGCAGCAGUGAGCUGUAUGAAUUUCCUAUGCAAAUACAAAUAACACAGUUCCAGUUCCGUUUAAGGAAAGUGGUUCUCUGUUAAAACAGUAGAACCUGUUCAAAUGUGACAAGCAAGCAAGCAUGAAAACAAUUUGUAUAGUGUAGUUAAAUAUGAUUAUAAUAAUGGUUGGACAUAUAAUGACAAUUUUGAUACACUGAAGGAGUUGCGUGAAAGGUUUUUUAAAUAAAGAGUUU